AUUUACAUACUAUAAGUGUAGAAAUCAUCGUUUGGCAAAGCACCGGUUCAUGAGGGUAUAUACAAUUCACAAUGGAUGGAGGAUUUAUAAUUCUCAGCCCUACAUAUUGAUGGCUUUGUAAAUCAGGAUUGUUAUUAGAAGCUCGGAUCGGUGAGGAAGUUAAGGUGCCGAUAAGGAAAGAUUGUUCUUGGAGAUCCACGUAUCGGGGACAGUACAUGUUCAUCAUCGGUAAUUUUUUUAAUUGGAGACCAUAAUAUCUAUAUUCGUAUCCGUUCGAAGUAUUGUCUAUACUGAGUUGUACGUGGACAAGGAUGUAUUAACAGUUGGGUCGGUGAAUGUCGACUGAGGAUUGAAGUAUCGAGUCGAAUGAUGACAGCAGUUCGUCACACUUCCAAGUAUUCGACGAACGAGCAAGAUAUGAAGAAGGACUCUAAAAUUGUCACGUUUUACAAGAAUGGAGAUAUCUACUUCAGCGGAUAUGUCGUGACAAUAACUCCACGUCGAUAUCGAAGUUUUGAAGUGCUAUUAUCAGAGCUGUCUCGCAUAACAAAUCUUCCACAAGGAGUUAGAUAUCUUCUGGAUAGAGAGAGCGGAACCCGGAUCGAGGCGAUCGAGCAGUUACAAGACGGUAAAGCUUAUGUUUGUGCUUCGAAUUCUAAGCUAAAGAGGCUGGAUUACGGCAAGAAGAGCGGGGUAUUACCCCAAUGGGGUUCUAAGAACAAGAUUGAACUACCUGCGCUGACAAAUCCACCGAAGGUUCAGGGAAAUCAGACUAGUUCUCGCUACGUCCCGCUUGCACAUACUCGCCAUGCAGGAACACGAGAACACAAACAGGAAGCAACAAGAAACUAUCAAAGGGUUUCUUAUAAAGCUCGCAAUGUGACUGUAAUUCGAAAUGGCCACAAGCCUAGGAUGAGUACCAGGGUUUUACUAAGUAAACGGACGGCUCAUAGCGUGAACCAGUUUCUUGAUAUGGUGAACGACUCACUUGGGGUCACCGGUGCUUCAAAUGUUCGAAAAAUCUACACCUCUAGAGGAAAGCAGGUUUACGAGGUUUCUGAUUUAUUCCUCGAUGAAACUGGGAUAUUUAUUGCUGUUGGGAAUGAAAGAUUUCGGGUUGAUGACAUUGAGAAUAUUCUAAGUGAUGAUAAAGGAACGCCUGGUAAUAACAAGAGACGUGUAAAAUCACUAGGGAAGGUUAGUAACACAGGUAUGAAACACGAAGAAGAAAACAAACGAACUUCGAAGGAACACGAUGAUAAACCAACAGAACAAGAUAACAAGAAAUCUUCUUUACCGGUACUGCCGGACUUAGAGGUUAAGAAAAACAAAAACAAUUACGAGAUUAGAUCGAAAGUAGCUGAUGGUGGUGAUAAUUAUUCAUCGAUACAUCAAAAGCCUCAAAGCCCGAGACACAAGAAGACUGUGAGUAAACAAAACUCUUCGACAAGAGAAAACAAAAACGUCGAACAGAGGACCGAUGUGAAUUCAAAUAAUGUCAAACUGCCUCAAAUUGGGACAGGGCAUAACUUGGUUACCUCGCAAGAACCACAGCAGGCAACCACGACAAAAGGAAAGACAGACAAUCAGGAUUCCCCACGGGGGGUAGGUGAGGAGAAAGAGAAAUUGAAAGAAUCUGUUGAGAAAGAGAAGAUUGAAAAAUAUCCUGAACAAAAGGUUAAAAAGAGACCUUCUAAAGAGUUUACCCACCAUGAGAUCGAAGUAGAAUAUUCUAGAGUAACGGAUAAAAAAGUUGAGGAUGUUUACGACAUAGGACGAAAAAUUGGCGAUGGAAACUUCGCAAUCGUUCGGCAAUGCACCAACAAAACAAACAAAAAAGAAUUCGCUCUCAAAAUUAUCGACAAGAAAAAAAUUAAAGGAAAGGAAAAAAUGAUCGAUGACGAGAUCGCAAUCAUGAGGAAAUGUCGCCAUCCGAAUAUAGUUCGAUUAUUUGAGGAUUACGACACGCCAACUGAUAUUUAUCUGGUAAUGGAGCUGAUCAAGGGGGGAGAUCUCUUCGAUGCUAUUUCAUCUUCUGUCAAGUUCACAGAAAACGUCGCUAAAACCUAUUUUCGAGAUAUGUGCAAAGCCCUGGCAUAUUUGCACAAGCAGAGAGUUGUACACAGAGAUAUGAAACCAGAAAACCUACUUGUCCACGAGCGUGCAAACGGCCAGGCAAUCCUCAAGCUCGCAGACUUCGGCCUCGCGGUAGAAGUAAAGGCACCACUUUUUACCGUCUGUGGUACCCCAACCUACGUCGCCCCAGAAAUCCUCGAAGAAGAAGGGUACGGCCUAAAGAUCGACAUGUGGGCAGCAGGUGUAAUAACAUAUAUCAUGCUAUGUGGUUUCCCGCCAUUUCGCAGCGCCAAGCGCGACCAGGACGAACUUUUCGACCUCAUCCAAGCGGGUGACUAUGAAUUUCUUUCACCAUAUUGGGACCCUAUCUCUGAGGACGCCAAGGACCUGAUCUCUCAUCUACUGGUAGUAGAGCCCCAUAAGAGAUACUCGGCCGAGAAGGCUUUAACUCAUAAAUGGGUCCGGCUCAGAAGUCCUACAGUAGGGGAUCUCAGUAAAAACCUGCUUGGCGAAGACGGUGUCGGGAAGAAGUCGAAGAAGAAGUUUAAAGCUGCCGCCCUUGCUAUACAGGGAGCGCAGAGGUUUGGAAACUUAGCGGAUGAAUUUCGUACUCACAGAGGCGAGAAAUUCAUUAGUUUAUUGUAGAUUAUAAUAGUAUAGUGGUAGCAAACAUAAUCUGGAUAUCAUGGCUCUUGAUAGCAUGAUGUAAUAACUGAUCCUGUCUGAUCUCUUGAUUACUACGAGAAGUGAUUGUGCAAAGUGACCAGAUUGAACACUAGCCUGUGUACAGCCGUUCCCCACUUCUCCCCCUAUGGGGGAAAAACGAGGGGAAAACGUUUUGCCCGUAGUGGGGAGGGGUGGGAAGCGGGUGUAUACAGGCUAAUAGAAUAUACUAGAGGAAUUAAAAGUGAAUGACUAGAACCUCCCACUAGCUCGAUGGUGUGGGAGCGAGAAUAGUGAACCGUACUCCAUUCAUCACCAAGUCAACUCACUUAGGCUCAGGUCAAACUUCGAACCUCACAUGAGCCAAACCUAAUUGCAAGAAUAGAUGACAAGGUGGUCUUUUUUAUGUCACUAGGUUCGGCUCAUGUGAAGUCCGACGUUUGACAUGAGUCUUAUAGGCCUAACAGAAAAAUACUCAAAACUUCUCAAAAAAAAAAAWAGAAUUACUCCUUUGGAGUGACCUGAUUUUUUGAAAGCCGAGAUAUCAAAUAUUAAAAUGAGUCCGCUUUUUUAAAAUUUGAAAUCAAUUUUUUUAUAGAUUAAAUGACAUGAUUUUGAUAUAUAUUUUACUUUCUCGGUCUUGAAGACAUUGAUGAAGGAAAAUAUAUGUAAAUAUGUUCCUCUGGAACGUAUUGUGAUCCACAAACACUAAAGGCGCUGUUGAACAGCUAAGUAUUA